GUUUAAGGAUGGAACGGGACGUACUACUUUUUGCCCUAGGGCUUGCGUCGUCAUUAGGAUUGAAAUCUCAUUUGAAAGUAAUUACAUCGUUUCCACCAAGAUCCAAAUACAAAAUGCAUAACUCAAACCAAAAACUGCGAAAAGCAAACAACGAAUUCCGUUCAAUCAACACUAACAGGAUCCCAAAAAAGCUUCACUUUGGAUUUCAGGGUUUUGCCGCCUCCACUUCGAUCACGGCCACGAUUCCCAAUGGCAAAAUCACCGGCCCAGUAUCACAGAAGACGUCCAUUCAACAACGUAAACCCUGGAAUUCAUCCCCAAAACUAGAAGAUAGGCAUCCCGCUAUUAAAGCAGUAACGCCCGGCACUACACAGGACGUCGUGUACAAGCCUUUCAAAGCUCGACCUGUUCCUGGAAGUCAUUACGAACCUUUUCGACCUGUGUUACCUAGCGAGAAACAUCUUCCGGCUGCCAAAGAGCUCGAUGCGUCUGAGGACGGAGACCAAACUACGGAUAUCCUACUUGACGGUCCAGCCUCAUUGAGGAAUCAAUUGCGAUCGCUGUUUGAUCCUGUCAAUUACUAUUUCAAUCAUCGCACUUGGCAUUUGAGGCCGUCAGAUGCUGAACAUGUUUUUGAAAGCAGGAACAUUACAGAAACGGCCGCUGAUGAGAACAAGGUGGUGACUAAAGUCCCGCCGAUGGCCAAUGUGAUGAAAGCAUCAACACCGAUAGCCAAUGCGGUUCAAAGAAAAGAAUGACAUAGUUCGUCGUAACGUUCAAAAUGUUGUGCUCGAGCAAGUGUUUCGAUGUCACGAUAGUCGUUCAAAUUAUCGGAAGAUGAAUUGAA